AUGGCGGAUACUGAGCCUAAGGCCUGGGCUGUACUGAUUGGGAUUAAUUUCUACCCUGGAAACAAGUCCUUGAAGGGAUGCGUUCAGGACGUCACCUCCAUCAGGGAGUUUCUGACCGAAAGCGCCCCGCGUAUGGACAUCAAAGUCCUCACAGCGAGCCAGCCUUCCGACCCUUCUGCCAACGGUCCACCCGAGAAAUCCGCCCUGCUACCAACAUACGAUAACAUCACACGAGAACUCGAGAGCAUAAAUGAUCAAGCAACAGCCGGAGAUGCAGUUUACAUUCAUUACUCUGGUCAUGGUGCAAAUCAUCAGUCUCCCCAACUAGCUGGCCAAGAUCCACAUAUCGACACGGAGGAGUUUGCCUUAGUCCUGUAUGAUCGGACACAUGGGAUGAGGAAACUACCGGGAAGCGAACUAGCAAGACUGCUAAAGGAAAUGGUGGACAAAAAAUUGGCCGUCACUGUGGUCCUUGACUGUUGCUUUUCUGGAAGCGUUACGCGACAUGGCACCAAACGUAUCCCAACUAUACGAAGCAUAGAUGUCGAUUCUACCGUUGAUGAUGCUUGUUCCUCACUUCCUCACAGGAGUCGAGGGCCUCUUCGUGACGGCCGAAUCGUCCCUCGCUGGUUGGUAAAUCCGGACGGCUAUACUAUUCUUUGUGCCUGUGGACUCUACGAAAUUGCUGAAGAACUCGAGUUCGACAAAGGCAAGUUCCACGGCGCACUAUCGUACUUCUUACUCCGGGCGCUGAAGUCACUGAGAAGCUCCGGCAUGAAGAUGAAUUCUAAAGCUCUGCAUCAGCAUAUGUGUGCUAGAUUUCAUGCUACGCUACCCCGACAGAAUCCCAGACACUAUGGGAAUGGGGUUCUCUCAUGCUUUGGAAAUUGUUUGAAUGAAGCUGAAGAUCGAUUUACUACUGUUUUCUUCCCACAGAAGAGCGAUCGAUUAUGCCUAAGAGCUGGGUAUGCGCAUGGUGUCCACCAAGGCGACGAGUACGAGGUUUUCCCCUUCACCGCAGCCGGUAACGAAGCAGACACCGCGCAGCAUACUUCGAUCCGGGUCAACGCCAGCGUUAUUCGCGGCCUUACUUCCGAUGUGGUAUCAUCCGACCCAACUAUUUCCCUUGACAAUGUUAAGUCAGGCUGGAUGGCUAAGCCUCGCACUCGACUGCGCCUUCAGAAUACCACUAUACAACUUAUGUUCAAAGAUGGCGAUAUCAGCAAGUGGCAACAAGGGUCGGUUUCUCGAAAGUUUCUCAGAUUUUGCAAAGACGACCUAGAGGGUCCGCCUUGCUUAUUCAAAAUCCAUGUGAACAAUGGCCAUGAAUAUGAAGUUAUCGACCAAUGGAGUCAACCAGUGGCAUCUCUCCCAACCGUCCCCCGUGACAGGAAGGAUGCAACGGAUCUUGUUAUCAAUAUGCUCGAGCAUGUGGCCAUUUAUAAGUCCAUCGAAGCGAUCGAGAACCGCUUUCCCUCGGUGCCAUUCUCUGAAUCAUUUGAUAUCCAACUUGUGGACGCCAAAGGGGUCUGUUUUUUGAAUUCUGGCGUUCUGGAAGUGGAAAACCAUGGCAAGUUGAGAUUCAAAGUCCGAAACUGUGGCAAAGCGUCGAUAUACGUCCAUCUGCUUGAUUUGCGUCCUUCAUGGGAGAUUGUGGAUAUGAUCCAGAUGGACGGCGCGGACUUUAUAGAGGUCCCCGGCAAAACCGAAUUCUCAGAAGGAGAACUUCGAAUGGAAGUACCCGACUACCUUGUGAGGAGGGGACGUAGUCACUGCGAAGACGUCUUCAAAUUCUUUGUUACAAGUCGGGCAACCUCGAUCGAUGGAUUGCGCUUGAAGGAGCUUCCUAGCUCUGCAGAUAGUUUGGGUACGGGUUUUCGUGGGGAUCAGGACAAAGUCUCUAAUUUCCUUCUACUACUGUCCUCUCCAAUGAGAGGGAGUAGCGCCGAUCCUCUGUCAGAAGACUGGGCGGCCCUUAACUUCGUCGUACGGACGAUGCUACCACCUCGACCUCGAUAG